GGACCAACUAUGACUUUGUUGCUAUUACCAAGCACCACCCUCCUGGUUUUAGAACUUUGGGAACACUUUUCAAGUUUCCUCUCUUCAGAAUUACAGCUGAUCACCGGGGAUUUGUAUUACAAAUCAUGACUUCUUCACAACUUCAACUAAAAUCUGUUUCCACAUCCCAGUUACCUAAAGUUCAAGAGGGUCCAUCGUUGCGACCAGUACUAUGCACAACCAAACCUUUGCAACCAAAACCCAGUACUGCUAAUUCAAACCAGCAAUCCAAGCUACUGUCUUCUCAUACAGAGAACAUCCAUUUCACAAGCCAGGAGAGAGAAGUAAUUUCAGAAAGGCAGAGUGCUUUCAAGUGUUUUGCCCCGAGUUUGACCCCCACAACAUCAAGGAAAAAUGGGAUACAAAGGCAAAACAUGCUUAAUCGAGCAAUUGCUUAUUAUAAAAACUUCCAACCUAGGCGGACAGAUGUGCUGGCAAAAAGUGCCACGAGGGCUCAAUUCCACCAUAUUUUAUCAGAGCGUCGAAGGCGCGAAAUGAUUAAUGAAAGGUUUCAAGAAUUGAGAAAGCUUCUCCCUUCAAAAGUCAAUAAAGAUAAGGUAUCAAUUCUAACUCAAACAAGGGAGUACUUGGCCUCUCUGCAAGAUCUAGUUGCCAAGCUUAGCCAGAAAAACCAACAACUAGAGUCACAGCUUGUGCCUGCCAAUGAAGCUGCAGAAAAUGUCUGUGAGUCCUCGUCGACAAAGCUUCUUCCUCAAACAAAGAAACAUCAAAGUUGUUACCAGCCAGAAGGGGUUGCUGCAUAUGGAUUAACGUCUUAUAAGGGAAUUUCAGAUAACGAUGUGUUCUUUUUUCCCUACAUGCCUGAGCAGAGUGGUGGUGAACAUGGUCUGUCUAAUUUUCACAAAAGUAUGUUCUUAAAUGGCAGCCGAACCACUACCAUCUCCUCUCAAAGCUACGAGGAAGAACACACUAGUUCAGAAUCAUCCAAAGGAGCUGCAGGUGAUUCUCCUGUUGCCAGCGUUGCAUCUUGCUCGAGCCAUUUCUCUACCAAGCGCAAACGUCAACAUUCCUCCUUUUUUUAGGAUGGCAACCCUUCCUUUGACAAUAUACACAAAUUUUCAAUUCACCACAGACUAGUUCUUAUUGAUGUUUUCUGUGAAGUGAGCUUUAGACCAGUUCACUUCGGACCUUUAUCUGCUCAUUAAACUUUGGUUUUUAAAUUGUAGGAUUUCUUUUUUUUUGAUAGAAGACAAUGUCAUUUGAUAGCCAAAAUUUAUUAAUCUCUGUGUUUAUUUA